AUGUAUAGCAAGGCUUAUGAUAUGUAUAGCAAGGCUUAUGAUAUGUAUAGCAAGUCUUAUGAUAUGUAUAGCAAGGCUUAUGAUAUGUAUACCAAGGCUUAUGAUAUGUAUAGCAAGGCUUAUGAUAUGUAUAGCAAGGCUUAUGAUAUGUAUAGCAAGGCUUAUGAUAUGUAUACCAAGGCUUAUGAUAUGUAUAGCAAGGCUUAUGAUAUGUAUAGCAAGGCUUAUGAUAUGUAUAGCAAGGCUUAUGAUAUGUAUAGCAAGGCUUAUGAUAUGUAUACCAAGGCUUAUGAUAUGUAUACCAAGGCUUAUGAUAUGUAUAGCAAGGCUUAUGAUAUGUAUAGCAAGGCUUAUGAUAUGUAUAGCAAGGCUUAUGAUAUGUAUAGCAAGGCUUAUGAUAUGUAUACCAAGGCUUAUGAUAUGAAUAGCAAGGCUUAUGAUAUGUAUACCAAGGCUUAUGAUAUGUAUAGCAAGGCUUAUGAUUCUUUGUUUUUAUUCGGCUAUUUGAUAUAA